AUGUUUAGGUUAAAAAAGAUAAUAAAAAAAGAAUUGAAUGACUACAAUGUUUCACAUGGUCAUGACUCAAAUAAUCCAUUUCGAUUGAUUGAGAACAAAGAAUUUUUCUGCCUUUCGAUUUCUGAUGACGUAGUUAUUUACUCGGCUGUCAUGAUACUCAGCAAAUUUCAUCAUUUGCUGGCAAUAAUAAAUGAGAGUAUACGAGUAGGCAUUGCUAACAAAGUGGCAAAAGAAAAACAAAACUAA